AUGCAGAUGCGACUAGAAGAUAAGUUGGCCUUCAUCCAGGCGCACAAAGGCCUUCUUCCUGCCCUCCACUUUGCCGUGAUGGUUGGUUGUUGGAAGGUUUUCCAGCUGCUCUUGAAAGGUGAAGUCGACAUCAGGGCAAAGUGCGGCUUGUUGGGUGCAACUGCUCUUCACUACGCAGCCACAAACGUUGAACGCGGAGGGAAAAUCGUCCGCUCGCUCCUUUUGCAUGGCUUGAAAGCCAACGAGCCGGACGCUCAGGGUAGAUUUCCUCUCGAGUACGCGCUUGAGGCGAGGAACUUUCCCGUGGCUAGGAUUCUCGUCGAGCAGUGCAACCCUUUUCCGACCUUGCUCGACCUUUUCAUUUCCAGCAACCACCUGAGGUUUGCCAAGAUGGUGGUGGCGGAGGAAGCUCCAACAGCAGCAUCCGUGCAGUUGGCAGCGCGAUUCGCAGAUCUGCAACUGUGCCAAUGGUUGGUGGAGGAAAUCAAACCGCUGGACGACAGCUGGAGAGGAACCAUCCUGCACUCUGCCGUCCGCAACAUGAAGCACGCCAAAGACCUGAUCCCUUUCUUCGCCAGGCACCAGCCAAAUGUUGACCAAACUGACAGUGACUUGACCCCCUUGAGAAUCGCCCUGGCCAUUCAGAACAUCGGGGCUUUGGAGGUGCUGGUGAGGCUUGGCGCCAACUUCAAAGCAAAAGUAGAAAUGGAAGAUAUCAGUUUCAAUUUGCUGCAGCUCUGUGCGGUCAACAACUUGCUGGAAAGCCUCAAGUUCGUUUUUCGGACUGACAGCGAGCAGGUGGAAGAAGCCGAAAUUCACCAGGAGAACAUUCUUUCCCUAGCAGUAAUCUACUCAGACGUUAAACUGUGCGAGUGGCUGGUGGAGCAGGGCAUUGACUUCAAGGUCAAGAGCAAGAAAGGCUCACUCCUGCAUUACGCAGCGUUGAACCAUCGGUUUGGUGAGGAAGUGACACGGUUUCUCGCCUCAAGAAUGUCACUAGAAGUUAACUUUACAAACUACGAUGGAGAGACGGCUCUCCACGUAGCAAUAGAGAACGGUAACGUUUCGGUUGUGAAAGUGUUGAUUGAGAAUGGCGCAGACUUAACAGUGAAAUUGGAGGGAAACAAUUACCUCCAUUGCUGCGUGAUACACGACACAAUCGAUUGCGCGAAACUUUUGCACGAAAGAAACUUUGAUCUGAUCACCGAGAAGCAGGUGGAAGAAAAACGACCUCUUGAGACACCCUCUGGUCCAGAGAAUCAAAAAAUUCCUCUACUGGAAUUCCCCGCGAUGGCAUCUUUGGAAGAAAAAGAGGAAUUCGUCCUGAAUAACAGAGCUGAAACUCCGAUGCUGCUUUUCGCCUCAAAAGUGGGCGAUUUGGAAAUUUGCCGCUAUUUCGUGGAAGAAAGGGCCCACGACGUCGGCACCGUGGACGAAAAAGGCUCCAACGUCUUCCACUACGCCGCCAGGAACGCCGCGCACGGCUUGGCACUGCUCGAAUAUUUCGCGAGCCUCGGAGCAGACGUCAAAAGAAAAAAUGCCGCCAAGGAGGGAGCGGAAAUCAUUGCCGUCAAAGAGGGAAACUUCGACUUCGCCAUCGCACUGUUCAACAAAAGAGCAGAGGAUACGAGCUUUCUGGAAUACUGCAUCGGCAAUAAUGCGAUCGGACUGGACAUAUUGAAGUGUUUAUACGAGAAAAAAGCGUCCGAGGUCUACCUGAAUGAAAAAUUCGACUCGAUUUAUUUGAUGGCCCGGGCGGCAGCGUUCAGAGACUUGGACACCAUGAAGUGGGUCAUCCAGAUCUGCGAUGUGAGAAAAGAAAUGCUCGGCGAGGCUCUCGCGGGCUAUAAAGACGUCAAGGUCGAGAGCAUUAGUCGUUUCCUCGAGCUGGUCGGGAAGAAGAUGGAUAAAAUCCUCAUCUAUCCCCUCCACUUUGCUUCUGAGCAUUCGAGGCCUGAUGUGUGUGAAUGGAUGGUCAGACAUCAGGGUUUCAGGGUCAGUGCUGUUGAUAAAGACUCGUUGUGCACGGUUCUCCACUAUUCUGUUUUGAAUAAAUCGCACGCAUUAGCGAACAUUAAGUUCUUUGCCCCGAAAAUGUCCGCGAUUGACGUGAAUCGAAAGGAUACGCUAGGCAAAACGGCGCUUCACUUUGCCCUUCGCAAUGCAAGACUGGAUGUUGCCGAGGAACUGAUCAAAUAUGGCGCCGAUUUAGACGUCGAUUUUAAAGGAUGCAAUCUGCUGCUUUAUUGCGUGGGCACCAACGAGCUCUCCAGCGCAAAGUUUGUGUACGAAAAGAAGAAAAGCCUGGUCAAUGGACCAGGACCGGAUGGAAAGACCGCUUUGCGCAUCGCCACAAAGUUUGAAAACAAGCCCAUGAUCCAGUGGCUAAGGGAAAUCACCACCAGCCCCCUUAAUCCGACAUAA